CAGCUCCAUUCUGACAGAGUUUACAGCAUAUAUUGGUGGAUUCUUGUUCAUAGUACAUCUGCUUUAAGAAUUAACGAAAGCAGUGUCAAGGCAGUAAGGAUUCAAAACAUUUGCUGAAAAUGAGUCUAAGUGCGUUUACUCUUUUCUUGGUGUUAAUCAUUGGCGUCAGUGGUCAAUACUAUGAUGAUUAUGAUUCACCUUUAUUCAUGUAUGGACAUCCAUCACCAAACUGUGCACCAGAGUGUAACUGCCCUCAAAGCUAUCCAUCAGCCAUGUACUGUGAUGAGCUGAAGUUGAAAAGUGUGCCAAUGGUACCUGCUGGGAUCAAGUACCUUUACCUUAGGAAUAACCAGAUUGACCAUAUUGAUGAAAAGGCCUUUGAGAACGUAACCGAUCUGCAGUGGCUCAUCCUAGAUCACAACCUCCUAGAAAACUCCAAGAUAAAAGGAAAAGUUUUCUCUAAACUAAAACAACUGAAGAAACUGCAUAUAAACCACAACAAUCUAACAGAGUCUGUGGGCCCACUUCCCAAAUCUCUGGUGGACCUGCAGCUUACUAAUAACAAAAUCACAAAGCUAGGGUCCUUUGAUGGACUGGUAAACCUGACCUUCAUCCAUCUUCAACACAAUCAGCUCAAAGAAGAUACAGUUUCGGCUUCCCUGAAAGGUCUUAAAUCACUUGAGUACCUUGACUUGAGCUUCAAUCAGAUGAGCAAACUGCCUUCUGGACUCCCAGUGUCUCUUUUAACUCUCUAUCUAGACAACAAUAAGAUCAACAACAUCCCUGAUGAGUAUUUCAAGCAUUUUAGUGGGCUGCAGUACCUGCGUUUAUCUCACAAUGAACUGGCUGAUGGUGGAAUACCUGGAAAUUCAUUUAAUGUAUCAUCUCUGCUUGAGCUGGAUCUCUCCUAUAAUAAGCUUAAAAACAUACCAACUGUUAAUGAAAACCUUGAAAACUAUUACCUGGAGGUCAAUGAAAUUGAAAAGUUUGAUGUAAAGAGCUUCUGUAAGAUCCUUGGACCAUUAUCCUAUUCCAAGAUCAAGCAUUUGCGUUUGGAUGGCAACCCCCUUUCCCAAAACAGUCUGCCACCUGAUAUGUAUGAAUGUCUACGUGUAGCAAAUGAAAUCACUGUUAAUUAAUAUCUGCUAAUUCCAAUUAUGUUGAGGUAUCUUCUGGAGCAAUUUAUGGUUAAGUUUUCUUUGUGUAUGUAAAGUUUUUGUAGUACCUAGUUUUUGUAGCUGUUUAUUACUUCCAUGAAUAUUAAAUAAUGAGGGAAAAUGUUUUGUAAACAUUUACCACUUUUUUAAAUAAAGGAAAGAUGAAAAGCAGGCCUAUUUCAUCUCAAGGACACACAUGCACAUACAUUCUUACAUACAUAGAUAGCAAACUCAAGCUUCUUUGUAAAUUUAAUUUUUCUUAUGUCUCUACUUUCAAGUGAUAUGCAAAGCCUUUUUACUAGUUGUAAGGAAGUCACCAAGGUUUUACAAUCUCUACACCUAAAUUUAAUGGACCUCAAAGCAUAGAUUAAAUAUAU